CCGCGCUGUCGACGCCUCGCGUUUCUGCGGAGAACAAGAGCGCUGCUUCCGCGCCACGUAGGGCACGUUGUCGAAAAACGUUACGAUUUCCGAGGAGCGCGUCGUGCACUGCUUCCAUCGGGAUUCUCAGAAAGUCACCAGAAGGAGGUUCCCUCCCUGUGAGCUGGCUCUCUCCAGACUUUACCCAACAGUAGCGCUGUUGUUGUCCGAGCCUGCUGUAGCGUGAACACACAGGUGGAUUACGAGCCUGCUGGGGUGGGCUAAAGUUGCCGGACAUGUGCAACGGCGCAGAACAUAUCCCAGAAUUCCCUCUGUGUUCUCCUGUGACGUCAGGACUUGUCCACUGUUGAUCCCGCGAAAUGUGACCCGAGAAGGCCCAGUGCCAAAUUUAAACAUGUGAGUGGAUUCAGUGAUUUCAGGCACCUGAAGCAGAUUAAACUAGUGGAGAGCGCAUUGAUUUUUAACAAAGGUGCUCUACUCUACACACGUGCAGGGUUUACUGUAUGGCAGGCAGGAGAGGAGGCGUUGGGCUUUAAGUGUGAAACAAGUGGCUUUAGAGGCUGAGAGUAAACCUGCAAACCUCCCAGUCUGAGGCUACAGAGGUGUUGGUGACAACGGAAAGAGUUCAAACAGGAUGGCAGUUAAACUAUGAGGCUGAAAAUAAGUAAGUUUAUCCCACCAGUUAUGCUUUAGUUUUGAAAGGCUGGCAAGGAGAAACCUGCCUCUAGAUUAUUAAAGAUUAGAGAUUGUGUGAAGAUUGUAUUAAUGGUCUUAUGUUGUUGCAAAAGACUUUUGAGCGUGGUGGAUCAAAGAAAGGUAUUGUGCUGGAGCUUGUCGUUCUGGAGCUCUGUGAUUGGUUGGGACGGUGCCGCUGGUCACUAGGGGCGGGGUUUCUUGGGUAUAAAUUGCUCGGCCCAUAUGCGAUGGGAGCUGAGACUUCCCCUUCGGACCUCGAGACUGUGUGCGUGCGCGUGCUGCUGUCACCACGACGACACCAUGGUUAGCAGAGUGGAGCAUCCUGCCGGUGGCUAUAAGAAGAUCUUUGAGACUUGUGAGGAGCUGGCAGAGCCAAUCCCAGCACAGGUUACAGGCCGGUUGCCUUCGUGGCUGAGGGGAAGCCUCCUCCGGCUGGGCCCCGGGCUGUUCGAGGUGGGGGACGAGCCCUUUUACCACCUGUUUGACGGACAGGCCCUCAUGCACAAGUUCGACUUCAAGAACGGACAAGUCACCUACUACCGCAAGUUUGUGAGGACGGACGCGUACGUGCGGGCGAUGACAGAGAAACGCGUCGUCAUCACCGAGUUUGGAACCUUCGCCUACCCAGACCCCUGCAAGAACAUCUUCUCCAGGUUUUUCUCCUAUUUUAAAGGGGUGGAGGUGACGGAUAACUGCCUGGUGAACGUGUAUCCCAUCGGAGAGGACUACUACGCCUGCACAGAGACCAACUACAUCACCAAGGUCGACCCCGAGACGCUGGAGACCCUGAAGAAGGUGGACCUGUGCAACUACAUGAACAUCAACGGAGUGACAGCGCACCCCCACAUCGAGGCGGACGGCACCGUGUACAACAUCGGGAACUGCUUCGGGAAAGGGGCGACACUGGCCUACAACAUCGUCAGCAUGCCCCCCAAACAGAAGGAUAAGUCUGAUUCUGUUGAAAAAUCCAAAGUGGUGGUCCAGAUUCCCAGCAGUGAGCGAUUCAAACCAUCGUAUGUCCACAGUUUUGGAAUUUCUCCAAACUACUUCAUCUUUGUGGAAACGCCCGUCAAGAUCAACCUGCUCAAGUUCCUGAGCGCCUGGAGCAUCCGAGGCUCCAACUACAUGGACUGCUUUGAGUCCAACGAGACUAUGGGAACCUGGUUCCACCUGGCCACCCGGAAGCCCAAUGAAUACGUGGAUGUGAAGUUCCGAGCCUCGGCCAUGAACCUCUUCCACCACAUCAACUGCUACGAGGACCAAGGCUUUGUCGUGGUCGACCUGUGCACGUGGAAAGGGUUUGAGUUUGUGUAUAACUACCUGUACCUGGCAAACUUGCGGGAGAACUGGGAGGAGGUAAAGAAGGCAGCCAUGAUGGCUCCACAGCCGGAGGUGCGGAGAUAUGUGCUCCCCAUGGAUGUGCACCGGGAGGAGCAGGGGAAGAACCUGAUAUCGCUGCCCUACACCACGGCAACCGCUGUCAUGCGCUCCGACGGUACCGUCUGGCUCGAACCCGAGAUCCUCUUCUCCGGCCCCCGCCAAGCUUUUGAAUUCCCCCAGAUCAACUACCCACGAUGCAGUGGGAAGAACUACACCUACGCCUACGCCCUUGGACUGAACCACUUCAUCCCAGACAGGAUCUGCAAGCUGAACGUUCGGACCAAGGAGACGUGGGUGUGGCAGGAGCCGGACUCCUACCCCUCCGAGCCCAUUUUCGUGCAGUCCCCCGACGGCGUGGACGAGGAUGACGGGAUCCUGCUGACCAUCGUGGUGAACCCAGGCGCGGCCCAGAGGCCCGGCUACCUCUUGGUCCUCAACGCCAAGGACCUGUCGGAGAUCGCCCGGGCCGAGGUGGAGGCCAUCAUGCCCGUCACCUUCCACGGGAUGUACAAGCCCUAGAGCCAGCAGCCAUACCACCCCACCAGUCCCAGCUCUGCAUCACUAGAGCCAGCAGCCAAGCCGUCCCACCAGUCCCAGCUCUGCAUCACUAGAGCCAGCAGCCAUACCACCCCACCAGUCCCAGCUCUGCAUCACUAGAGCCAGCAGCCAUACCACCCCACCAGCCUCAGCUCUGCAUCACUAGAGCCAGCAGCCAUACCACCCCACCAGUCCCAGCUCUGCAUCACUAGAGCCAGCAGCCAAGCCGUCCCACCAGUCCCAGCUCUGCAUCACUAGAGCCAGCAGCCAUACCACCCCACCAGUCCCAGCUCUGCAUCACUAGAGCCAGCAGCCAUACCACCCCACCAGCCUCAGCUCUGCAUCACUAGAGCCAGCAGCCAUACCACCCCACCAGUCCCAGCUCUGCAUCACUAGAGCCAGCAGCCAUACCACCCCACCAGUCCCAGCUCUGCAUCACUAGAGCCAGCAGCCAUACCACCCCACCAGCCUCAGCUCUGCAUCACUAGAGCCAGCAGCCAUACCACCCCACCAGCCUCAGCUCUGCAUCACUAGAGCCAGC